UCUUCUUUUGGAAAGGGUGGAUCCACCAAGAUUCUGGAGGAAAAAAACAGCUAGUUGGCUAGCAGUCGCCUCUCGGAUCAAUCCAUUACCAGUACUCGUCCCAUUUGAAGACCCCGGGAAAAAGUCGAUAGGUUUUCGAAACUGUGGUGUUGAGAGGUGAUGCUGGGAGUCGUAGAAAUGACGGGCAGCAACAUGGCGAACGCCCUGGCGAACGCGUCCUGCGAGCGCUGUAAGAGCGGCUUCGCCCCGGCAGAGAAGAUCGUCAACAGCAACGGGGAGCUGUACCACGAGGGCUGCUUCGUCUGCGCACAGUGCUUCCAGCAGUUCCCUGAGGGGCUCUUCUAUGAGUUUGAAGGCAGGAAAUACUGUGAACAUGACUUCCAGAUGCUCUUCGCUCCCUGCUGCCACCAGUGUGGGGAGUUCAUCAUUGGCCGUGUGAUCAAGGCCAUGAACAACAGCUGGCAUCCUGAGUGUUUCUGCUGUGAUAUCUGCCAGGCUGUGCUCGCUGACGUCGGCUUCGUCAAGAACGCUGGCAGGCACCUGUGUCGGCCCUGCCAUAACCGUGAGAAGGCUAGAGGUCUGGGGAAGUACAUCUGUCAGAAAUGCCAUGCCAUCAUCGAGGAUAGCCCCCUCAUCUUUAAGAACGACCCCUACCACCCCGACCACUUCAACUGCAACAACUGUGGUAAGGAGCUGACAGCAGAUGCCAGGGAGUUGAAGGGAGAGCUGUACUGUCUGCCCUGCCAUGAUAAGAUGGGGGUGCCGAUCUGUGGCGCCUGCAGGAGGCCCAUUGAGGGACGCGUGGUCAACGCCAUGGGAAAGCAGUGGCACGUCGAGCAUUUUGUGUGUGCUAAGUGUGAGAAGCCGUUCCUUGGACACCGCCACUAUGAGAGGAAGGGUCUGGCCUACUGUGAGACCCACUACAACCAGCUCUUUGGUGAUGUAUGCUACCACUGCAACAGAGUGAUUGAAGGAGACGUGGUGUCAGCCCUGAACAAAGCAUGGUGUGUCAACUGUUUCUCCUGUGCCACCUGCAACACCAAGCUCACCCUCAAGAACAAGUUUGUGGAGUUUGACAUGAAGCCUGUGUGUAAGAAAUGUUACGAGAAGUUUCCUCUGGAGCUGAAGAAGAGACUGAAGAAACUGGCUGAGACCGUCGGACGCAAGUAGACCUCCGAGUACCAAGGGGGCGACACUCAACCCAACAACCAGGGUUACAAAAUUCCAGUAACUUUCCCCAAAUUUCCUAGCUUUCCGGAUGUUCCAUUUGGGCUUCUAGAAACCUGGGAUUUUAGGAAAGUUACCGGAAGUUUCUAACCCUACGAGCAACGCUGAAACCUAAUAUUAACCCUAACAAGCGCCAAAAUUAGUCAAAUGAAUCGUAUAAAUGUGUCAGAUUAGACUCCUGUCUGUUUGUACCAGUAUUUUAGUAUUUGACGUCCUCAGGUACUCAGUAUAACGUGUUGAAAUAUUUUGUCUCACUUUUUAAUUGUUUAUUUUUGUGCAUUGCAAGUGGCUUUUGCAUGUGGAGCUGUUUUCCAGCUGUCCAGUCUUAUUCAAACAAUAUAGAACCUCAUACUGCCUGACAAUGACCUAUGAAAGCAUGGACAAAAAAAAAAAAAAAUUGGUAAAAUGCGUUCAGAAUAUUUAGAUACUUUUAUGUGUGUUUUUUUUUUUGUGUAUUAUGUCUUAACUAUGGCAUACUUUUUCAAAAGCCAAACAUGUCUGAAAUGGUCCUAUCAGGACUCAGAGAUACAUACCUCAAUGAGAACUCACUGGUGACAUGAAAUUUGGAUUGGUCACGAGCCGACCACAUUAACAGCCUUAUAUAGGGUUUAUAACCUAAGCCGCCAUGACAUCUAACAAAAUACUUACACACUGUCUUAAAGAGACGAGAAGGUGCCUUGGAUACUCUUCAAAUAGCUUUUGUCAUGUGACUUGGGUAUGAAUAUACACUGAGUAUACAAAACAUUAACUACUGAUCAGGUGAAAGCUAUGAUCCCUUAUUGAGGUCACUUGUUAAAUCCACUUCAAUCAGUAGAUGAAGGGGAGGAGACUGGUUAAAGAAGGAUUUUUAACUCAAUAUUAGGAAGGUAUUCCUAAUGUUUGGUAUACUCAGUGUGUCAGAUAAUAUGCAUGUGAUUGUCCAAUAUACUGGGAUGUGACCCACACUUAGACUUACUACAACUGCCUUAAUCAGAGUUGAAAAGAAUAUUCCUCACUUCUGUGUAAGAAUGAGAAUUCUAGCCAUGUAUCAGAAUGUGGAGCCUAUGAGUCUGGUAUAUCAUGUAUCCUAACAUUUGCUUGUAAUAAAAUGUCAGAGGUUUGUUUGAA